AUGGAUAACUCAGAAACAAAAGAAAAUCAAGAAAAAUAAUAUAUUUGUAUUGAUCCAAAAUGUGAUUAAUCAAAUAGAUUAUUCAAAUCAAAAAAUGAAAAUCAUCCUCAUAAAUCUCAUGAUCAUUAAUUAUACUCUGAAUUCUAAAAACUAAUUCGUGCAUAAUUUCCAUAAUAAAUUCGAGAAUAAAUUAAUCAAUUAUUUAACAAGGAUGAAUUAAUCAAAGCAAUCUAAACUAGAUCAGUAUAAAUGCAUGAAUCUGUCAAAAAUUUUGAAGAAAAUCUAAUCAAGUAUAUGUAACUCUUUAUGAAUCUUUAGAACUAUCGAAGCAUAUGAUGUUUUGGGUGCUGAUAAAGCUUCCAUUAAUUAAACUUUGAGUUAAUUAAAUGAACAAAAUCCACCUUAACAACUUAAUAUUUAAGGAUUAAUGCAUGUCCUUAAAUUCAAUAAAUUAGGCCCUUAAAAAGUCUUGGAAAAAUGGAAAAGAGAGAAUGACAUAAUUCUAAAAGAACUAAGUACAUAAGCAGAUACAGCCUUAAAAACCUUAGGAAAUGUAACAAUUUCAAGCUAUAUGCAUAUUUAACAUCUAUAAAGUCCUUAGAUAUUAUAAAAGUAAUUCAUAAUCACCUAUAUAGAAUGCACUUUGCUUGGAGUCAAAGUUUUAAAGCAAGUUCUAUUACAAUUAGAGAAGAUGCAGCAUAUGAAAAAGGAAAUGCAAUGGGAUUGAUUUGCAUUUAAUAAAUAUUGGAAAAAGAUCAAGUAUAGAGUCUCACUAUUGAUGUAAAAGAAAGAGCUGGAGUAUUGUAAUAUUUAAUAAUUAGAAUCUUUAUAUUGGAGUUGUAGAUAUGAAUGAAAGAAAGUAAAGAGGUAGAAAAGCAUUCAGUUUUCAUGAUUGGAAUGAAUCAGGACAUGGGUUAUAUCUGCUCUAUCAUGGAGGAUGUAGAAGAAUCUCUUAAUAUUAGAUGUUUUUAGUUCAAAUGAUUUAUCAAUAAAUAGUAAGAAAGCCGGUUUUACAUUUGAUUAAAAUGACAAGAUUAUUCUAACUUGGAAUGGGCCUGAACAUGCUGUCACUAUUCUCAAAGUAGGAAGUAGCCAUGUAAUAAUUUAUAUAAAUAACAUUAGUAAUUUACAUUCAAAGUCAAUCCUGAUGGAUAAUAUCAUUUUGCAGCAGGUUUGUUCAAAUGUGAAAUAAGAUUGCUUGAAUGAA